CUGCUUCCCUCAACAUGUGAGCUAGCUCCAGUGGGCACCACCCCAGCCCAUUGGGACACCUUUUCACAGCAUGCUGGGGGCUUCUCUGGUGUCAUCCUCCCACAGAAAGCCACAGGCUCAUCCACCUGAGCAGCAGCCCCCUCAACCACCUGCCUGGACACUACCUGACCCUUCCUGAUACCCACAGGUUCCAGAAUCCAAGAUGUGUCCACUCUGGAGGCUCCUGGUCCUCUGCUUGCUAUCCUGGCCCUCAGCACUGCACCAGUCACUCUGGUCUGGCCUGACCAAGGCCCACACAGACAGCACUUCCGCCCUGCACUGGGGUGGCCAUGCAGUAAGAAUCUCCACUUUGAGCAGAGACACUGUCAGACCCUCUGCAGUUCUCGCCCAGGGCCUGGAGAAGCAUAAUGCAGAGAGGCGAAUUCAGAACCUGCGCCUCCUGGAAAGUCUGAAUGCCUCGGGGCAGAUGGCCUCAGGGAUGGUGGGCUGGCUGAUUGGCAGCAUGACCCUCCAGCAGCAGGAAGAGAGCAGCACCAACAUCACCAACAUCCAGCUGAACUAUGACGGGAUCCAGAUGUCUUUCUACAAGGAGUGGUUCUCAGCCAAUAUCUCACAUGACUUUGACAUUGACUUGAGACUGCCUCUCAAUAACAAGCUCACAACAUUACACACAAGCAUGAUCUUGGCUGUGGAAUUCUGGCUGGAGAAAGAUGGGUUUGGCCGCAGAGAGCUGGUGACAGGCAGCUGCCACGUGGAGCCCAGCAGCGUCCAUAUGUCAGUCCUCACAGAUGACAUCCCAUCAAAGAUGAAACACUUUGUUCACAAUCUCAGGGAGAAUCUGCAAAGUGUUAUCCCACAACUGGUAGAAAGUCAGGUAUGUCCUCUGAUUGAUGAAAUCCUCAGACAGCUUGAUGUGAAGCUGUUGAAAAGCCUCAUAGAACAGGCUGCCGCUCAUGAAUUCUAUCAACUGUGAGUCCUACCAGUCCUCCAUAUGCUGGGCUGGAGUAUCUUCCAGUUGCCUACUGAUGACUGAAAGAAGAUUCCACAUCUUGGCACCUUACAGCAGUGUGGACAUUAGAGUGGAGCUUUUGCUGCUUCAAGACACCUCUACCAUAGGCCCUGUGAAAUCCUGGCCCCUCUUGUAAUAAAUCCUAGCUCUGAAGGGUA